CAACAUCGCUGUCGGUUUUACUCUUGUUUUUUUAAAAAAACUUGACGCAGAACAGCGCUGUACAAGGAACAACAGCGCUGUCCCAACAGCGAUGUCGCCUGGCAGGAGCUUCCGGAGAAUCCAAGGCAAAAUCCCGGGCACCGGUAACCAAUCCCGAGGAUCGCAUCGACUACGGGUUGUGGCUCCCCCACGAAUCAUCCCGGAGCGCUACCCGGAGCUGCAAGGCUACGACGACCUUGACGUACAGCUUCAUCAAGCCGGCCUUUGGCCGUUCGUCUCCCGGGCACGCAAGGAGAUCAACCCGGCACUGAUUCGGGCCUUCUACUCCAACCUCCGCCGUGAGGACGACGUGCUCUACUCGCUCGUCAAGAGCACGCCGAUCGAGCUCACCGUGGAGCGGCUUGGACGCAUCGCCGGCCUUCCCUUCCAAGGCGACGAUGUGUCACACUAUGGUGGAGAGGAUUGGGUGCUCAACAACGAGGGCCUUAUCCUCAACAAGCUUGGCAUCAUCGAGCUCAAACGCCAUGCCUCAGGCCGCCCAACCAUCCACUCCGCCAAACCCGAAGGCCGCCUAGUCCUCUACAUCGUCACCCGAAUCCUCAAACCCAGGAAGCACGGCCACACCAUCAUGCACGGUGAAGACCUCAAACUUAUGCACGCAAUCAUGCACUCGGCCCCAAUCAAUUGGGCAAAGUUCGUCAUGAUCAACAUGACGAUUGCUGCGUCCACCGAGCACGACCACCUCCUCCCGUACCCGUUCUUGGUGAUGGACAUCCUUGAACGAACCAUCCAAAAUAUUUUGACUGCAGUUGUUGUUAGCCUUGGUUUGCUAAGCCUCAUGUUUUGAUGUUAACAAACAAUAUAAGAGCUUGACGUUUGUUUAAGUGUUUCAGGUACAACAAGAAUCCAUUAAAAUUCGGUUAUCAAGAAUGAAGUCGAAACACUAAAAUAGCGUAGAAUUUAGAUAGAAAAACAAUGUAAGAAUAUGAUUUUAUAUACCUAAAUUCACAAGCUCAAAAGCACUCACAAAAUAUGUUUAAAACUAUCCCAUAAACAUUUUCAAAUAUCCAAAAGGUUUUAAACUCAAACACGAAGGAUUACGGGAAUUUUGG